CUAUUCUUUAAUAUUUGGAGCCAAACUUCCCUCUUUUGAAACCCCUCUCUGUGGCGCCGCUCUUCGUCGUUCUCACUCUCUCCGAUUCGGCUUCAAAGCUUGACAGGAAACUUAUAAAACCUUAUAGUUUUAUGCUGUGAACUCAUCUGGUAUCGGAGAUGAUAAAUUCUCAAAUCAGUAGUAAUGGGAUGACCAGCAGUGGAACUGGUACACCUAUUUUUGAUAAGCAGUUAACUGGUGUUGCAAAAAAGGCAGCUUUGAGAGAUGUGCAGAAUCAAAAUGGCAGCUUGAUAAAUAACCAUCGAGAUAGUUCACUAUUCUUGGGGACAAAACUUGCUGCAGAUGCAACUAGGGUCUGUGGGAAUAAGAGGCUUACACCUGAGCGCCCUUCGAGUUCUGCUUGUCACCUUUCAUUGAUCAGUAAUGGUACAAAUGAGCAUAUACUCAAUGCUCGAAGACGGUUUGAAUUAGAACUGGGUGGAGGAAGAAUUCACAAUGACAUAGACAAAUAUGUAGAGGCACUUCAGGCGAAGCGUUUGUGUCAGCCACAGAAGGAUGUUCCCCAAAAGCCAAAUCAACUGAAGGAGAAUAAUAACAAAAAUGCUCCUAUGACUAUGCCAGAUCACUUUACUUGUUCACAGGGCAGAACAUCAGCAACUCAUUCUGUUGGCAAGUGUAAUAAGGUCACACAGCCUGCUCAAGCUGAUUCUGCUAAGUUUACUUCAGAUAAACCCCGUUCAAUUGAUUCUAAGGUGACUGAUGAUCAGCAGCGAACAGAACGGUUUGCUAAUCUGCAAAAAAUCUUGAACCAAAGUGAUGAGUCUUUCUAUAGUGAUUAUAUUAAGAUGCUUCUACGCCUAUCACCAAUUGAGCUUAGCAGACAUGCUGUUGACCUGGAGAAAAGGGCUAUCCAGUUGGCAAUAGAUGAAGGAAAGGAAGUGAACCGGGGAAAGGCCCUCAAUAUUCUGGGGAAAUCUGCUCCAACUUUCACCCCAUUGCAAACAACUCAAUUACUUCAACCCAAAAAUGAACAGUAGCUAAAUCAUUGGCAAUUAUUAUGUUCUGUUGGUAAAGGCUCCAUUUGCCUUGCACUUUGUUGGGGACAAAACCUUGCAGCACUGCUUUUGACUAAAGUGAAGGGAUCAGGACAGUGACAUGGAGUGAGAUUUUGCUUUCUGCUGUACAAGAAAGUAGUCUAGUAAAUCUCUGGCCUUCUCAAAUGAACAGAUCUGCUUCUUUGGCUCUUUUCCCCAAAUUUUCAACCUAUUCGACUUUGUUUCAUUAAGGUGUCCAGACUUGGAAACUGUAAGCUUAUGUGCUCAUGAUCAGUGCAAGCCUUUACUCCAUUCAUGGAGCACUAGACUGGGAUUAGGUUUCUUAUUUUGUGAUGUUUAAACCUCUCUGGAAUUUUGGUUAUUGCCCUGUACUUUUGUGAUUAAUACGAUAAACUCCUCAAUCUUAGGCGGCUCCCAUGUGAUAUGGUGGUA